AUGGCAACAUUCAGUAAGCUGCUCGCCAUCAUUCUCUUGCUUCAACUGAGCUCAGCUUUAGCAACUGCUGUCGGAUCUUCGACAGAGGAUUGUCAUCAGAGUCUUACGGUUGUCAUUGUGGGAAGUUAUUCCGGGCACAUUGACUGCGUCUUCCAAAAUCCCACUCAGAGUACUCAAGCGAAAAUACUUUCUCGUCAGCCACCCGAAGGAUUGCCUGCUGUAGCUAAGACGGUGUGUACUAGAUGGCGGGGUACUUGUAGCUUCGUCUCGAAAAUGUUCACAAGUUUUCAAUAUCACGUCAACAAGAAGGGAAAACAAAUGGACAAGGCUUCGUCGCACUUGGGCUAUCGCUCAACUACUCUGCGCAAGUUGUCAAGUGACGACACAAUGAAACUUGUGAAAGACUCAUACCAGAGCCGGGCAUCUGCUUUAUUUGGGAUGAAUUCAUCACCCUCUGGAGCUCUUGUCGACUUACCCCCUGAAUCAUAUCUUCCAGUCAAAGCGUCUCCUACAGAGCUAUCGUCUAAAAAAACUUCUCCGACAACCCAAGCUACUGGGAAGGCCUUGACCGCACAAAUCAAACGGGCUGCCAGAUUUCUCAGGAACCUAUCCUCAUCACAUCAUGCGACAACAAAAUUCGCGAGGGAUACUGCCAUUUCAAGUAGUGGUCUUGCAUCUUUCUCCUCACAGAAGAGCUUGCCUCUCAAACGUCCGGGAACCCCAACCGCUUUGUCGGCUAUCCCAUUAUAUAGAGGUCGCAUGGCAUCCUGGAAAUUUCGAAGAAGCUUUUCGGGCUCAAGUCAACCUCGUUCUGAUAUUCCAAUACGCUUGCAUGUUGCUGAUGACGUAAGACGAGCUCCGUUACAGCGCUCAACACACUUCAGAAACAUCUAG